CCUCCGCACUAUCACAUGAAUCUGGACUGAAACGCUGGAUGGGAAAAGUUUAGAGGUCUCGGUGAAAUCGCUCUUCCCCGGCCAGUUUUGUUGUGCGCCCUGCCUCGCCCUUUACAGGGUUUUUACUCCACCGUCCGUCUCGGGGAAAACAGAGUCGGCUUGAGCGUUUUCCAGACUGGGAUUUCUUUUUCUCCCUGCAGAAACACACAGGGGAGGAGAAGGAGGAGGAGGAGGAGGAGUGGGGACGCUCUGGCUGCUUGAGAUACGUUUCGAUUCCAAACUUUGGGCGACAUGGACGCGCACCGCGGCGCGCCUCCGGCGGGGCAGCAGGUCGUGCACGUCCGCGGGGACUCCAAGACGGAGCUGGAGGCCCUCUUCAACGCGGUGAUGAACCCCAGCAAGGCGACCAGGCAGCCCCCGUCCGUGCCCAUGAGGAUGAGGAAGUUUCCGGACUCUUUCUUCAAGCCGCCGGAGCCCAGGGGCCACUCCAGACAAGCCAGUUCAGACGGAGGCUUGUGCGGCUCCCUCGCCCCUCAUCACGUCCGCGCUCAUUCCUCCCCGGCCUCCCUCCCAGUCAACUCCCUCUCUGCUCAAGCAGAUGCAGAUGCAGCGGCCACACCAAUCAUACCCGAUGAUGUGCCACUCCCCGACGGUUGGGAGAUGGCCAAGACGUCCACUGGCCAACGGUACUUCAUCAACCACGUGCACAGGACGACCACAUGGCAGGACCCCCGCCUCUCGCAGCUUCAGUCGGCUGCAGCCCAGCAUCAGAUCGCCUGCACCCCGAGCCACGCCCACUCCUUCAGCAACCCAGCUCCCACUACGCAACCAAAAAAUAUUGUUCCUGAGACAGGUCCACUGCCUGAAGGCUGGGAGCAGGCUGUGACUACAGAUGGAGAGAUGUACUACAUUGAUCACAUAAAUCAGGCCACCACAUGGGACGACCCGCGUCUAGCCCCGAAGGUGAACCCGGCCAUCCUCAGUUUGGCAAUGCAGCAAAGACUUGAAAAGCUCAGACUGAAGCAGGGCAUCCCUCCACAAUUUGCCCCACAGUUAAAUGAAACUAAGCAUACACGCAUCCAGGUGCAGGAGGCGGGAGGGAGCAACCAGAUGCCCGGCGGGAUGGACCAUGACAGAAGCGCACAGAUGCUUGUCCCGUCAGUGGAUAUCAGGAUCAGGGCCCUAAACCAAGAGCCUAACCUUAAUGGGGCUCACUCUCGCAACGAAAGCACUGACAGUGGCCUGAGUGUCAGCAGCUUAUCACGCACGUCGGACCACAUGUUGAGCUCUGUGGAUCACAUGGACACUGGUGACUCAAGUGAGCCUCCCUCAAUGGGCCUGCAAGAGUCGAUGCCCGUGCUGCCGAUAAAUGAGGACCUGAUGCCCGGCAUCCCCGACAGUUUGACUUCAGACAUGUUGAUGGAAAUGGACACAGUUCUCUCCGGGCCGCACAUGGACAGGGACAGCCUACUCACCUGGCUAUAGACGCAAGCAGCCGCCAUCCGUUUUGAGUGUGGUUUGAAAUCAAGCUUUAGUAGCAUGACUGAGAAUUCUGGAAAAUUUGAGUCGGAUUUAAAAGUGGUGCAGAACAGCUACUCGGAGAGAAUAUGCUACAGAUGUAUGUGAUGGAUAUCUACUUACAGAAUUCACUUCCUGGCGUUUGUUAAAAAAAAACAAAAACAAAUGACUCUCACAAAAGCUGGAGGUUUUCUCUUUUUGGGUCUGGUUUUUGCAAAUGCUCCUCUUCUUUUCAUCCUGGUCCUCCAUCCAAAGUCACACUUGGGAUUGCCACAAAACAGGUUUGAACACAAAACCUGUUAAAAUAGCAUUAAUGUAACAUAAAGAUUUUAUUUAACAAAAUAAUAAAACAUUUUUAAAAAAAAAAAGGUUUAAUGCUCCUAAAUUAGCCAAGUGACUUGUGAAAGUUAAAAGCAGCAUCUCAUGCUACUACCUCUGAGCAACUUGUGAUUUUAUUACAUGUACUCUGAGUUGUAUUUUUUAAAACAACUUUUAACAACAUUUUUGGCGUAAAGUGAGCAAAGAAUCAAAGGAUUUUUUUAGGUAAAAACUACGAUAGUUUCGAAAUCUCUGGGCAUCUCUUCUUAAAACGGAGGGAAUGGUGCCCUCUUGUGGCGAGUCAGAAAAUAACAUUUCCUCCCUAAACCUACAUCAGUUGCGCAAGUUUAAAAAUAAGUAAAAGAUUCUCAGGAUCUGUCUGCCUGAAUCAAUAAAUCCAGCCGACUCGAAAGCAUACUGCCAAUGUAUUAGUUUUGAACAUUAAAUAUGUACUUUUAAAACUUUGAGACUUCAAUAUAUAAGCAAAUGAGCACAUGAUCAGGGUGAGGUCCAACAUAAUGCAGGAUCUCCACAGAAAACUGUAAGGACGAUUCAUCAGUUUUUUGUUUCGUGUUUGUUUUUGAUUCUUAGAUUUUCUUUUCUCAAUAAUGAUUAAAAAAAACCUUGCGGAAAAAAAAAAAUCAUAUCGAUAUUGUCCACCAAUAUUUGGGUAAUUUUAAAACACUUUUAGUAUUUAGUUUUUUUGUUUGUUUGUUUGUUUAUUCCAAUAUUUUUAUUGUAGACUUCUAUUCCAUGCCAGCAUUGAACAUGAGCUUCACAGGUGCAGUAUUUAUUUGGGAUUUCUAAUGAACUCACAGUGCUGAUAGUUGUUUCAUUUUCAUUCUACCAAACUCUUGUUUUGCAAAAAAUUUUCUCUAGUUGCCAUCUGACCUAGGAAAUGCAUGAGGAAUAAUAUUCACAGCCUAAGAUUUUUGCAAUUAUUAUUAUUCCAUAACGCCUUUAUACUGGAUUGGAACAUUCCUAGUAUUCCCCAUCUUUAGUUUGAGCUGUAUCCAUUCAAUGGGUCAAUAUGAAAGACACUCAAAUAGUGACAGCCUCUUUUUUCAUCUCAUCAGCUUUAAAGUGUAUAAAAUUCUCACUUUCUCCUUGACUUCCAACAUUUUAGAUGCUACUUUUUCAUUUAUUUCUGAAAAUCUGUUCCAUAUACUGAAUAUUUCUUGAUCCAGUAUUUUCUUUUUAUUCUGCUUUUCACUCAAAAGUCAUGGCAGUGAAUGUUGUUGGUGUCAAAGCAUCAGAAAGUGAGAUUCAAGUGUUUUGUGGAAAGGAAUGUCUAACUUGGCAAACUAGCCGC